AUGUCGCCUUCGUUGUACAACGUAGUUAUCUACCUCUACCUCACGGCCAGUUCUCUGGCAGCGAUCCCAUCGCAAUACCAAUUCUUAAUCUCUAACCAAAAUGAAACCGUCCAGAUCUCUCCCCGCGCUAUCGUGUCUGACGCAUGUGCUUCCUAUUCUACGCUCGAAAAGUUAAACGGAAAAGUCAAACCCGCCCUAGACGAGCUGACCCAAGAAACCGACUUCUUCUCUUACUACCGUUUGAAUCUGUUUAACAAAAAAUGUCCUUUCUGGAACGACGAAAAUGCCAUGUGUGGCAAUAUAGCUUGUGCAGUGAACACAAUAGACAACGAGGAAGAUAUACCUAAGAUAUGGAGGGCAAGCGAGUUGAGUAAGCUAGAAGGACCGUCUGCGAAGCAUCCUGGAAAGACAGUGCAGAAAGAACGACCGAAAAAGCCAUUACAAGGCAUAUUAGGAGAGAAUGUUGGCGAGAGCUGUAUAGUGGAGUACGACGACGAAUGUGACGAGCGAGAUUACUGUGUGCCAGAGGAUGAAAGCGCAAGCGCUAAGGGCGACUAUGUCAGCUUAGUCCAUAACCCCGAACGAUUCACAGGAUAUGCCGGCGAAGGUGCUAAGAUGGUAUGGGAUGCUAUCUACAGAGAGAACUGUUUCCAGAGAUCUUCGUUCCCUCAUUCGGCAUCCCUUGGGACUAGCCCUGUGGCCAAAGGACCAGCUGCGCAAGACUUCCGGAACGUUCUUCAAGAUGCGGAGCGCCAGCAGAUUUUGCAGCAACACCAACAAGACCCAAACACUAUUUUCGCGCAGGCCGGGCUCGAGGGCGAGGGUGACUGUCUGGAAAAGCGCGUGUUCUAUCGCGUAGUAUCCGGUAUGCACGCAAGUAUCAGCACGCACCUUUGUUGGGAUUUCCUGAACCAGACCACUGGGGAAUGGCAACCUAAUGUGGGUUGCUACAAGAGUCGCCUACACACACAUCCUGACCGUAUUUCCAACUUAUACUUUAACUACGCGCUCCUCACCCGCGCAGUCGCUAAGAUCGGACCACACCUACAGGACUAUACCUUCUGUACGGGAGAUCCGGACCAGGACGCCGCUACGAAGGCCAAGGUUCUCGCCGUAACACAGGAAGCGGCAUCAGUACCUCAGAUCUUCGAUGAGGGCCUCAUGUUUAAGAACGGUGAGGGUCCAUCCUUGAAAGAGGAUUUUAAGAACCGAUUCCGGAAUGUUAGCCGUGUUAUGGAUUGUGUGGGUUGCGAUAAGUGCAGACUUUGGGGCAAGUUGCAGACGGCAGGAUACGGUGCAGCACUCAAGGUGCUGUUCGAAUUCGACAAUGACAGCGAUGAGAUCCCGGUCCUCAAGCGAACCGAACUUGUAGCGCUAUUCAACACUUAUGCAAGGCUAAGCAGCUCGAUGAGAGCUAUUGUUGGUUUCAGAAGCAUGGUUGAGGCCGAGGAGAAGCCCAGGCAAAACGUUAUUCCUGACCGAGCCAAAAAGCCACAUGCAGUCAGCGUCUCACCAAGGCCAUCACAAACUACAUCAGCAGAUGCCGAGUCGGAGCUUGAGGACGGUUGGGACAAGGAGGAAGGUGAUGUACCACCUAAGCGAAAACGCCGCGAACCCGAGACGACGGGCGAAAUCUUCCAAGAUGAGCUUGGUAGGGUGAUUAAGGCGACCAAGAUCGUCUUGGAAAACUGGAUCGCCUUCCCCAAGACAUUCUCCCGGAUCCUCAUCUUGGAACUUCAGCGCCUCUGGGAGUUUUAUAUUGGCCUGCCGAUCACGCCUCGUACCUGGUCAUUCCAGCGGCCCAGCCUCGACGAGCUGUAG